AUGCCGCGCGACCCAACUGGCGGAAGCGAUAUCGACGUGUGCUGCCUUUUGAUGAGGCAAGGCGCUGUGUCCAGGCCAUCGGCUUUGAGAGCCGUGAGGAAUGGGAUGAGUGGGUCGCUGAAGGCAAGAAAUCGCCUUUCCUGGGCCCAUAUGUACCAAGCGACCCAGAGGCCAUGUAUGCCGAAGAGUGGCAGGGCUGGGAGGACUUCCUUGGCUGCCUUCUGCCUUUUGCAAAGGCGCGCCUUGUCUCGCGGAUGCUGGGCCUACAGAGCCAAGAAGACUGGUACGCUUUUGUGGAAGCCGAUCCAGUCAGAUUGA